UAUCCAUUUUCGGUAGUUAUUCAUGCCUUUAUAUUAUUUACAUAUUUAGAACUCUCUCGAGAAAGAGAUACGGAGAAAAUGGAGAAAAAAGAUUGUGCAGUGGCCGGGGAUGAGAGUCGUCUCGUGUUUGAGGUGAACGGCAAGAGAUUCGAGAUGGGAGAAGUUGACCCCUCCACCACUUUGCUCGAAUUCUUGCGUUCCGCCACUCCUUUCAAGAGUGUCAAGCUCGGCUGCGGUGAAGGUGGCUGUGGGGCUUGUGUGGUGGUGCUGUCAAGAUUCAACCCUGUCCUCAACCAACCAGAGAUAUUCAGUGUGAGCUCUUGCCUCACUCUCCUUUGCAGCCUCAAUGGCUUCUCCAUCACCACCACCGAGGGACUCGGCAACACCAAGCACGGCUUCCACCCAAUCCACCAACGCUUUGCGGGAUUCCACGCCUCUCAGUGCGGCUUCUGCACCCCCGGCUUCUGUAUGUCCUUCUUCUCCGCCCUUGCCAAUGCCGACACAGCACCUCAGCCCCCAGCCCCCGGAUUCUCCAACCUCACCACUUCCCAAGCCCAAACGUCUAUAACCGGCAACCUCUGUCGUUGCACUGGCUACCGCCCCAUCGCUGAUGCCUGCAAGAGCUUUGCUGCUGAUGUUGACAUCGAGGAUCUUGGGAUGAAUGUUUUUCCCAAAGGGGAGUUUCCACCAUACGAUCCUGAAGACGACGUCUGGCCAUAUGUACGAGUAUGCAAACAAGAAUGUAGCACAGUCUUGAAUUCUGAAAGCAUUUCUUGGUUCACUCCAGCUAGUCUAGAGGAACUCGGAAGCUUGGUGGCGGAUGGUGCGCGGUUCAAGCUAGUCGUCGGGAAUACAGGGAUGGGAUAUUACAAGGAAACAGAGAGAUAUGAUAAGUACAUUGAUCUUAGGUACAUUCCUGAUCUCUUGAUGGUUAGAAAGGAUGAAACCGGGAUUGAGUUCGGAGCAGCUAUUUCGAUUUCAAGAGUUAUAUCAUCUCUCAAAGAAGAAGGCGAAUCCGACCUAGUCUUGAUGAAAAUUGCUCAGCAUAUGGAGAGGGUUGCUUCCAUUUUCAUUAGGAACUCAGCCAGCAUUGGGGGGAAUUUGGUGAUGGCACAGAGGAGGUCUUUUCCUUCGGAUAUUGCUACAUUGCUUCUUGCUGUGGGGUCGACUGUCGCCCUCUUGAGAGGCCGUGCACAGGAAAGGAUGACUAUGGAUGAGUUCUUGUACGGGCCACCUCUCGCCCCCACAGACGUGCUCUUGAGUGUCCACAUUCCUUUCUUUGGUUCGAGAGUGGGUUUUGAGAGCUACCGGGCUGCACCAAGGCCGCUUGGGAAUGCUUUGCCAUACUUGAAUGCUGCUUUCUUGGCUGAUGUUAGCUUUAAAGAAAGUGGUGGUGUUAUCUUGAACUAUGCUCGGCUGGCUUUUGGCGCUUAUGGGACAGACCACGCGACAAGGGCUAGCGAAGUGGAGGAGUAUUUGGCAGGGAAAACGUUGACCGUUGAAGUUUUGGAUGAAGCAGUUAGAUUGGUGAAACUCUCUGUCGAACCCAAAGAUGGAACGACGCUUCCUGCUUACAGGAAGAGCUUAGCAGUUAGUUUCUUGUUUUCGUUUCUCGCUGCGUUUAUUGAUGUUUCUUCUCCCACGCUUGGUGUCUCAUUUUCCGAAGUAGCUGAUUCAAGCAACGAAGAAACUGGUACAUACUAUCCGGUUGGUGAGCCUAUUCCUAAAGUUGGAGCAAUCAUCCAAGCUUCCGGUGAAGCUGUGUACGUAGAUGACAUUCCUUCACCUCCACAUUCUCUACAUGGAGCACUUAUUUAUAGCACGAAGCCUCUAGCUCGAGUGAAGAGUAUCUCUUUCGAGGCUGUCCCAAAACCAAGUGGAAUCGUUGAUGUUAUCUCUGCCAAAGACAUCCCCCAAGGAGGGCAAAAUUUUGGAGCCACGGGUCUUUUCGGAUCCGAAUAUUUGUUUGCUGACGCUACCACUGCGUCUGCUGGUGAUCUAAUCGCGUUUGUGGUUGCACGUAGCCAAAAGGAAGCCAACGUCGCUGCAAGAAUGGCUCAAGUGGAUUAUGAGACACAAGGCUUAGAACCACCAAUCUUGACAGUUGAAGAGGCUGUCGAAAACUCAAGUUUCUUCGAUACAUUUUCACCCUACGAACCUCGCUUAAAACCGGAAAUGAUUGGUGAUUUCACCAAAGGAAUGGCUGAAGCUGAUCACAAGAUUCUCUCUCAAGAGAUCAUACUUGGUUCUCAAUACUUCUUCUACAUGGAGACGCAAACAGCGCUUGCAAUCCCGGAUGAAGACAACUGUAUGGUGGUGUAUAGCUCAGUCCAAUCCCCUGAGUUGGCUCAAAUAUCCAUUGCACGUUGUCUCGGUGUCCCAGAGCACAAUGUUCGUGUUAUCACAAGGCGACUAGGUGGAGGCUUCGGUGGGAAGUGUCAAAGAGCAAUGAAGGUAGCUACAGCAUGUGCGCUUGCAGCUCAAAAACUAGGCCGACCGGUCAGAAGCUACAUAGACCGAAACGCUGACAUGAUAAUAGCAGGAGGGAGACAUCCUAUGAAGAUAACAUACACCGUUGGGUUCAAAGAGAAUGGCAAACUGACAGCACUUCACGUCGACAUACUUAUCGAUGCAGGCUUCUUUAUCGACUUCAGCCCCUUCAUCCCAUAUAUGCUAAUAGCAGGGCUGAAGAAGUACAAUUGGGGAGCUCUCUCGUUCGACAUAAAACUAUGCAAGACCAACAACACAAGCAAAACAAUGAUGCGUGCCCCUGGUGACGUGCAGGGGAAUUUCAUCGCUGAGGCUAUAAUAGAGCGCGUCGCGUCUCUGCUGUCAAUGGAGGCCGGUUCGGUCAGAGAAAUCAAUUUUCACACAGGUGAGAGCCUGCAGCUAUUCUACGCUGAGGCUGCUGGAGAAGCUUCGGGCUACACCCUGCCUCGUAUUUGGGAUGAGUUGAUUAGCUCAUCAUGCUAUAUGGAGAGGACUGCAGCGGUAGAGCAGUUCAACCGGUCCAACAUAUGGCGUAAAAGAGGCAUUUCUUGUGUUCCAAUUGUGUAUAAAGUGACGGUGAGUGGGAAACCGGGGAAAGUGAGCAUCCUUAAAGAUGCAUCUGUGGUUGUUGAAGUUGGAGGCAUAGAGAUGGGGCAGGGGCUGUAUACAAAGGUGAAACAAGCAACUGCCUAUGCUCUCAGUUUGAUCAAAUGUGAUGGAAUGGAAAACCUGAUGGAAAAGGUUCGCGUUGUAGAGUCAGACACGUUGAGCCUCGUACAAGGAGGCAUAACCGCUGGAAGCACCACAUCUGAAGCAUGUUGUGCUGCUGUGAUCCAAUGCUCUACUCUUUUAGUCGAGCGAUUAAGCCCUCUUGCCACUACGCUGAAAGACGAACAGGGCUCACUCCAAUGGAACGAUCUCAUUCUCGAGGCACAUAAUCAGUCUAUAAAUUUGGCAGCAAACUCUUACUUUCUUCCCGAGUCCGGUUCGAAAGAAUACUUGAACUAUGGUGCUGCAGUAAGUGAGGUGGAGAUAUGCGUACUCACGGGCGAAAAAUCUAUAUUGAGAACGGAUAUCGUUUACGACUGUGGGCAGAGCUUAAACCCUGCUGUUGACAUGGGACAGAUUGAGGGAUCUUUCAUACAAGGUGUGGGGUUUUUCAUGCUUGAAGAAUACUUGACUAAUGAAGAGGGACUUGUUACUACAAACAGCACAUGGGAUUACAAGAUCCCGAGUCUUGACAACGUUCCGAAAAAGUUGAAUGCUAAGGUGCUCAACACCGGGCAUCACCCAGACCGCGUUCUCUCGUCUAAGGCUAGUGGCGAACCUCCUUUGGUUCUCGCGGCUUCAGUAUACUGCGGUAUAAGAGCGGGUGUGGUGGAGGCUAGAAAACAGCUUAAAGGUUGGGGAGCCACACAAGGGACUGAUUCUGACUUGCAACUCGACGUUCCGGCUACUCUGCCCGUUGUUAAGCAAUACUGUGGUCUCGAUUAUGUCGAAACCUACUUACGCAGCUUGCUUGCUCCUUCUUGAAGCUUUGUCGUCGCCAUCAUCUAUGUAUUAAUAUGAUAUGCAUAGAGUUGCAAUAAUGCAUGCGCUAUGCUUGUGUUAUGUAAGUCUUGAAUCGUAGUCAUAAUUUGUGCAUGCAAUCUAUAAGUUUAUUAAUUCAAAUAGGAGUAAAAGAUUUACUAGUAA